CAGAGUCCGAGGCAACUUUUACGAUGUCGGCGCAUAACUAGAGCCUUGUAAACAGACAGGCAAACGGAAGUAACAUAAAGGAUACACUCAGGACACAGGACACACACACCCACACACACACAGGCAGACACAGACACAGACAGUGGAUAGACUCGAAAAUGGCGCGACGCAAGGGCAGCGGACGUGGCAAAUCCACUGUUAAUUCGCGUAAAAAUAAUUUGGAAUCAACACGCGAGAAAUUGAAAGAUGAGUCAACAGCAGCAAAUACAUCGCAGGCGAGCAAAUUUGAUGUGACUAUGGAAAGUGCAGCAACAACAACGGCAACGGCAACAGCAACAGCAACAAACACAGCGAAGCAACAUUACGCAACAGCAACAACUGAAGCAACCGAAGCAACAGCAAUUGACAACAAAAGCAAGCGAGAUAAUUUAAGCGAAUUGCCAGCUAAAAUUGCUGGCAGCAACAACAGCAACAGCAACAGCAGCAACACAAACAACAACAACAACAGUGAUAAUAGUAUUAGUGAGAAUAAUUAUGAGUUUAAGGCUAGAGAUAAAGCGAACGUAAGUGAUAGCAAAAUGACGCUACAGCACAGCAACAGCAGCAGCAACAACAACAGCAGCAGCAACAUCAACAGCAACAGCAACAGUAACAUCAACAACAGCAGCAGUGGCAGCAACACAAACACAAACAGCGAUGUUGCUGCAGCAACAACAAUUGUUGAUUGGAAAAGCAACUCCAACAAUUUGCGCUAUUUGCAUAAGAAGUUCAAGCGUUUGGCCAGCACCACAGAAACUGAAGCUGCCAGCGAACCAACACUGCGCAGCACAUCGCUGUCAUCAAACAGCUCAUUGUCGUCGCCAACGCAAUUGCCGCUGCUCAAUGGACACGAGUUCACAAGUGCCAACAACAGCAACAACAACAACAGCCAUGAGGCGGAGAGUUAUAGCAAAAAUGCUGCUGUUGCUGUUGCUGUUGGUGUUGGUGGCGUGCCACGCACGCGUACGCCAUUGAGCAACAUCAACAGUAGCAGCAGCACCAGCAGCAGCAAUUAUGCCAGCAAUGCAACAUUGUCGCCAGCAACAUUUGCACAGCAUCAGCAGCAGACGCAGCCAACGACAACAGCAACAGCAGCAGCAACAGCAACAGCAACAGUCACGCCAGCAGCAGCAACAUUAGCAGCCAUGCCAGCUGCAACAUCUGCCAUGCCAGCAACAACUGCAACCUCUGCCACGCCAGCAACAACUGCAGCAGCAACAGUCACGCCAGCAACUGGCCUCAGUCGCUACGUCUGCAAAUAUUGCAAUCUAAUUUGUGCCAAGCCCUCAGUUCUACAGAAACACAUACGUGCCCACACGAACGAACGUCCAUAUCCCUGCGAGACAUGCGGCAUUGCCUUCAAGACGAAAAGCAACUUCUACAAACAUUGCCGUUCGCGCUCUCAUGCGGCGCGCAUGCGCGGAUUGGAUGUGCCGGUCCAUGAGGCGGACGGCCUAUCCGAUCAGGAUGGCGAUGGAGAUCUCAGCAAUAGCAGCUCGGAGCUGUUAAGUGUGGAAAUUCUAAGUCGCGUUGACUCGCCAUAUGAUGAACAGUCGAUGGCCUCGCCAACGCCCUCGCCCUCCACACUGUCGGCGGCGAAGAGCGCGUACCUGCAACAGCCACCAUUGCCGCAGCACAUGCAACAGUUGCCGCUGGGCUCGCCUGCUGCUGGCACUUUGCCGCCAGCAACAGUGGAAAACCUGCACUCGGCGACGGCGCAGCAUCGACAGUCCAUAGACUACAAGCCAUACAAGCCAAAAUUUCAUAAUGCAGCGCUCUAUGCGCCAGGCAGCAGCAAAGAGCAACAGCAGCAGCAGCAGCAACAACAACAACAGCAGCAGCAGCAGCAGCAGCAACAGUUGCUACCACAGCAACAGAAGCUGCCACAACCUUUGCUCGUGCAUCCCACGCUCUCGCCGAGCACUCAGCUAAAGCUAAACAAUCACAUUAACUCGCAUCAGCUGCAGCUGCAGCUUCAACAGCAGCAACAGCAGCAGCUCCAGCAACAGCAGCAAUUGCAGCAGCAAUCAUUGCUGUUGGCAGCUGCUGCCGGCAACGCAGUUGCGCUGCAGCCCCCUCCAAUGCCCACAGGCGUCUACUACUUGGGACAGCCGCCAUAUUACAAUCCGACAGCAGCAGCAAUGCAUCAGCAUGCGUUGGCCCUGCAGCUGCAAUAUCAGCAACAUUAUCAGCUGCAGCAGCAACAGCAGCAACAGCAGCAGCAGCAGCAGCAUCUACAACAGCAGCACUCGCCGCUGCUCAAGGCUCCAACACAGCAGCAGCAACAGUUGCUGCCACAACCACAACAACAGCAGCAACAGUUGCUGCCGCAGCAACAGCAGCAGCAGCAGCAGCUGCCCCGCUCUAAUAGUCAACAGGCGACUGUAACGACGGCAACAGCAGCCGCAGCACCUGCCACGCCCACACCUGUAGGCAAUCUAAGCAGCUUUGCCAGCGGCAUGCAAGUGAAUGUGGAGAAGGUGCAGGAGCACAUUUCGAAAUUGAUCUCACAGAACGAAGCCAUCGUGGAGAACAAGGAAAUAUUGCUGCAGAAGAAAUAUCCCAAGCAACUGAAUCGUUCGCGCAGCUUUAACAAUGCCAACAACAACAACAGCAACAGCAACAGCAGCAGCAACAUGAACAACCAGCAGCUGGGCGAUGCAAAAGUAAACUUGGCACAGAGCAUAGUACAAAAGCAACAGCAGCAGCAGCAGGUGCAAUUGCAGCAGCAACAGCAACAACAACAACAGCAACAAAUGCAACAUAUACAACAAUAUAGAGUCAUAGAGCCAGUGAAUGGUUUGCUCAAGCGUAGCAGCAGCAGCAACAGCAGCAGCAGCAGCAGCAAUGCUUAUGCAAAUCUUAAGGCUGCGCCUGCUGCCGCUUUGAAUGUCAAAUUGCUGCCGCCAGCAACAGUGCUGCAAUCGCUGCAAUAUCGUCAGGACCCAGCAAUGCCUCUAAACAAGCUCGAGCAGCAACAGGCGACGCCCACGCAGCAGCCCUUAAAUCUAUCUGCCAAACCAAAGCCAGCGAAGGCAGCGACAACAGCAGCAGCAACAGCAGCAGCAGCAACAUCAUCUAGCACAACAACAAUUGCUGCCAAGCCAACAACAGUUGCUACCGCAGCUGCAAACAAUUCGAUUAUCAAAAAUCUAUUGCUCAAUGCACGCGGCCUGGCCGUGCCCAUUGGCGAGGGCGACGAUGCCGUCUACUCGUGCCCGAUCUGUGCCAACGAAUUCCGCAGCGCCGACGAGCUGAAGCAACACAACAGCACCUAUUGCCAGGAUGCUAGCAGCAGCGCUCCCAUCAGUCCUGCUUCGUCGCCCAGCAGCAAAUACUUUCGCUCCAAUUCCAUAUCGUUCAGCCUGCCUGAGCUCAAGUCGCACAUGGCUAACUCGAAGAACCCGUUGUCCUUGGCCAAGUUGGCCUGGUCGCAGCUCAAGACGAAGCCUAGCAGCUUGGUGUUGAGUCGCCUCAGUGCGGCGCAGUCGCCGGCGCGAACAAGCACGACGGCGACAACAGUUGCUGGCAGCAGCAAUACGGCUAGCAGCGGCAGCAACAACUUCAACAACAACAACAAUUACGCAACAAUUGCUAACAGCAACAACAACAACAACAACACCACUCACAAUCUACCAGCAACAGUUGCUGUCAGCAUUGAUGCCAACAACGUUGCUCUACGCUUUGUUGACGCACCUUUGCCCUCACCUGGCCCGCUGCUGGGCAAAACGCCGCUCGUGGACUAUGCGGCGCCACGCAAAGCCGCCGACGCCCAAGUCGUGAUCACCAAAAUGCACGAAGAUCGCCUGGAGAACAUCAUCAUAGAGAGUUCAGCGAAGCGUGCGAAGCUGAGCAAUGAGAGCGCCUUUGCCCUGCCAGCAGCAGCAACUGGCGUGCAACAGCUGCUGUUCAACAACAAUCAGGAGCUGCCUGGCUUCAACACUGGCAAAGAGGAGCGCAUGCGACGCUUCACCUCGUCGGGCGGCUCCAUGAUACCCAUCUCUGAGUGCCCCGAGCUGGACAAGAGUCCCAAGAUGAUCAGAACUCCAUUGCUGUCGGGCGGCAGCUUUCAGGAAAUGUCCCCCAGGCUGAGUGAACCGAAGCCGAAGCCAGCAUUUCUACUCAAUGCGAGCCACAACAGCAACAACAACAGCAACAGCAGCAACAACAACAACUCGCAACAUUUUCAGUUUCCGCCCAUCAAUUCGAUAACCGCCUUCAAUCCGCUGACGCUGCCCGCCAUGAGUGAGUCGAACAGCAAAGCUAUACCCUAUGUGCCGGGCAUACCGGGUCCGAGCAGUCUGACAUUGCUGCCAGCACCGCCGCCGCCGCAACAGUUGCUGCUGCAGCGACCGCCUGCAAUCGAUGCGCCGCCAUUCAAGAAGUCCUUGUCGCCCUUCGGAGGCGUGCAAAAUCUGCCCAGCGAAUUCAGUCGACAGCCGCCUACGCCGGCGCAGCGCAAUGCGCUGCAAUGGCAGAGCAACAACAGCAGCAACAAGCUAGCAGCAACUGUUGCUGUUGCUGGCGAUGGGUUGGCUAUGCAAAAGUUCAAUUUCUUGCGCAUGGCUGACAAUGUGAAGGAGCAACAGCAGCAGGAAGUGCGGCACUUCAUAUUCGAUCCGCUGCACGUGGAGACACCAGAGAACGAAGCAACAACAACAACAACAACAGCGGCAACAGCAACAACAACAUCAGCAACAUCAGCAACAGCAACAACAUCAGCUGCCACAGUAACAACUGUUGCUAAUAAAACGAAAUUCUUGCGUCCCACGAGCUUGCCACUCAAGCCCGGCACGUUCACGCCCAAGCGACAUCAUGGCAUCACACCGACUGCCAAUACUCUGCCUUUGAUCUCGCCCGAAACGCCGCGACCUUCGAAGUCUUGCGUGCAGCUCUAUUUGAAUGGACACGCCUACACAUAUCUGGGCCUGAAGUGCAGCACGAAAAUGUUUUACUGUACAGUGAACUGUCCGCAGCCGUCGUAUGUUGCCGGCAUGCACAAGCUGUCGAUGUACAGCGUGUGGCAGGUGUGCGAAGAGAACCAGCCGCAUGCCCUCGGCUUCAAGCCGAAGCAAGUGAUGUCGCUCUAUGACUCCAGGCAGAAGAUGUUCGGCUCGGGCUUCACUGUAGUCCAAGCUGGCGCCAAUGCGCACAACUAUGCGCUCGUCAGCUCACAGCAAACGAUCAGCAGCUGCUCGACGAUCAACAACAGUCAAAGCAAAUUCUAUCAGCAUCAAACGAAGCCAGCGCCAGCGAUUGGCGCGCUCAGCGAGGCGAAUGUGGCGGCCAAAGCGAACGAGGAGGCAGCCAAGAAACUGGAGCCAGGCCAGCUGCUGGUGGGUGGCUACGAGUCCAACGAGGACUAUACCUACAUACGCGGGCGUGGGCGUGGUCGUUAUGUUUGCUCCGAAUGUGGCAUUCGCUGCAAGAAGCCUUCCAUGCUGAAGAAACACAUACGCACGCACACAGAUGUGCGUCCGUUUACCUGCAGCCACUGCAGCUUCAGCUUCAAGACCAAGGGCAACUUGACCAAACACAUGCAGUCGAAGACGCAUUUCAAGAAAUGCAUUGAACUGGGCAUCAAUCCAGGUCCCAUGCCAGCAGAUGGUGAAUUCUUGGACGUCGACGUGGAGUUCGAUCAGCAGUCCUCGACUUCGGCAGGCGGGCGCACUUCCUCCAUGGCCGGCGAUUCAGCUGACUCGGAUGAUUAUAGCGAUAACGAGUCGGAGAGCAGUGACACAGAUGAAUCCAAGUCCCGCUUGAAGGAGCAUGAGGCAGCUCGUGGCUUGCUCUCGCUGUCGAUGACGCCGCCCAUACCACAAAGUGUUUCACCCUAUCCCGCGCAGCUGGAGGUAACUAUGUCCGCAGCUAGUCCAGCGAAUAGCAUUGGCUCUGCUGGCGGCACUUCCACGCAGCCCAAGCGCCAGGUGUGCUCCUUCACCUCGCCCAAGCCACCAUUCGACUACCAGAAGCAGGAGCAAUACUAUUCGAAUCCCGAGGAGUCCAAGCCAAAGCGUCAAGUGCCCACGGAUGAGAGCAGUGCGCCAAUGGACUUGACUAAGCCAAGGCAAAUUGCAACUGCCACAACAGUAGCAGCAGCAGCAGCAGCAGCAACAGUUGCUGCCAUGGAACUGCCCAAAUCUCAGGCACAACAGAUGCGCGAUGUCAUCUUUGGCGCAGGCAACAAUGAGUGUGGCUUUAUGAAGACUCUGAUCUCCGUCUCGGACAAAGUGCGCAUCUCAGCUGAAAUGGAAGAGCAGGCGAAGCGGGAGAGCGAAGGUGAAGAUGUGCUGCUGCAGACCUAUAUCAAGGAGCAGGCGUUGCACAAUGCCAAACGGAAGCACAGCUUAUAUAGCAGCAGCAGCUACUUGCUGACCACCACCAGCAGCAAUGCCAUCAGCACCUGCAGCAGCAGCAGCAGCAGCAGCAACAUGCCCAUUGUCAGCAGCUGUCAGCAGAAGGUUGGCUUAAUACAUCAUGAAGUGCCCAUCAUAGAGGUGCACGAGCCGGAGGUGACAGAGCAAGAGAGCGAGAAGGAUCGAAUGGAGCGGAAAGCGAUUGCCGUGAGCAGCCAAGAGAAGCAGCAGCAACUUGAGGAGCGAAAGCAGCAAGCAGCAGCAACAGCAACUGCCCAAGCUCCAGCUCCAGCUCCAGCUCCUGCUCCAGUUGCAGCCACACACAAUGCCAAUUUGCCAGCUGCUGUGCAGCAGCCAGAUGCCAUAGAUUUCAAAGGUGUGCUAAGCAGCAGCAACAUCACUAAACCUAUUGUCAGCGCUGCGACACCAGCAACAGCUGCUGCUGCUGCGGCAACAGCAACAGCAACAGCAACGGCUAUAGUAAAAGUGUUAGCAACUGAAGAAAGCUACAAGUCGAGCACAACAACAACAACCAGCAGCAGCUAUGGUGGACGUGUUGUGCCAGCACCGCCGCCGCCAAUCGCCAGCGAUGCGCGUCCCAUUUGCCUGCUGUGCAGCAAAACGUUCCAGCGCCAGCAUCAGCUAACGCUGCACAUGAACAUCCACUACAUGGAGCGUAAGUUCAAGUGCGAGCCGUGCAGCAUCUCGUUUCGCACGCAGGGACAUCUGCAGAAGCACGAACGCUCCGAGGCGCACAGGAAUAAGGUGAUGAUGACCUCGACCUUCGGGGUGCCAACCACAUCGAAUCCACGCCCGUUCGAGUGCACGGAUUGCAAGAUUGCCUUUCGUAUACACGGACACUUGGCCAAGCAUUUGCGUUCGAAGACGCAUGUCCAGAAAUUGGAGUGCCUGCAAAAGCUGCCCUUCGGCACGUACGCAGAGAUCGAGCGGGCGGGCAUAAGCCUGACAGAGAUCGAUACGAGCGACUGUGAGAAUUCGUUGAUAUCGCUCAAGUUGCUCGCCCAAAAGCUGCUCGAGAAGGAUCCAAAUAAGCUGAGUGGCUAUACGACGCCGUCGGGCAUGCUGCAGCUGGUGGGCGGCGAGAUGCCAGCCGCCAAUCAGGACAGCGCCUCCGAGGAUGGCUUCAGUGCGGCGAACAGCGCAGCUGCCUCGGCCAUCGCCUCGCUGGACAACGAUAGUGCCGGCAAUACGCCACAGCGUGCCAGCUCCAUGUCGGAGGAUGAGACUCUGACGAAUGGGCUGAGCUUAAAGCGCCGCCUGCCCGCCAGCAGCUUCAGCAGCAGCAAUGGCGAUGAGAGCGACAAUCCGCUGGAGACGAGCGAGAAGCGUGCGAGAAGUAAUACAAACGAAUUAACUUUGCCAAUUGUCGGCAGCAACUGACAAUAUAUGUAUAUGCUGCAGCAUACCUGAGUGUGGCCUUACGCCUGGCCAGCGCCACCUGGCCUCAAGCCCAAGCCCAGGACGAAUCCUAUUCCAAAUUCCAAACCCAAUCAAAUACCAAUUCAAAUCCAAUCAUCGAGCCACAGUGGCUGCGGCAAUGACCAAAACAUCAACGAGCGCAUAUCAAAUGUCUAAGCAUAUCGCAUUUGGGCACACAACAAAAACUCUAAAACAACACACACACUCACACACGCGCACACACAUACACAAGACUUCAACAUGAAAAGCUUUCAAGGUGAAAAGCUGUUUAAAAUGUUAACUUGUUGACACUUAUCAAUUGGGCCACAAGCGUUUAAAAAGCUCUUAGAUCAGAAGAAAGCAACUUAAAAGCUUUAAUGUGCUUUAAAAUCUCACGCGAUCCAAAGCUUUAGCUGAAAAUUUUUAAUUGU